CCUACUUCACCUAAUUACUCUGCGUGCGGAGUUUUCGAAGUGGAUGUGAACAAUGGACAACAUUCCCCCUUUUCACAUUAAUUCACUUCUUUUGACUGAUUUGGGUGUUUUGUUCCCGACUCGCCAUUAAAGAAACGCCAGACCGUGUCGUUCCAAGCCAUCCUAUGCGAGCUGCAACGCACGCCGAGCAUAUAUCGAGUUUGUUAUCGCGGUAUUUGUACAUGGUGGUAUACGCAUGUCGUUCCUGCCGGCGUCAUGCAAGCCAGAACAAGAUACAGUGUUGUGUUAGUCAGUUCUGUCGUAUUGUUUCUAGUUUAUCGACAGUGGCUUCAGGGAAGUGUGCCCGGCCAUGGCCAAAACCUCAAUGAGAAUAUAAAAUUACAGUAUGAUCACUUACACACCUAUGUCACAUGGACUGAAAGAGACAGUUCCGAAUAUGAAUACGACCUCCAUGCUUCUCCAAAGCAGAGACGUCAAUCUAGGACAAAUCUGUACAAGAAUCGCAAAUGCCGCAUGGACACAUGCUUUGACCAAGCAAAAUGUAGCGAUACUUUCAAGGUGUACGUUUAUCCAGUUCAUGGGAAAAUAAGUGAGAGCUAUUCAAAGAUCCUGACAUCUAUUCGGAAUUCUAGGUAUUUUACAUCAAACCCAGAUGAAGCUUGUGUUUUUGUACCAUCCAUAGACACGCUUGAUAGAGAUAUACUUAGCCAUGAAUAUGUGACUGAUGCUCAGUCGAAAUUGACUAAGCUACCGUACUGGAAUGGAGGCAGGAAUCAUCUGAUUUUCAAUCUGUAUUCAGGCACUUGGCCCGAGUAUUCAGAGGAUCUUGGUUUUGAUAUAGAGCAGGCAAUUUUAGCCAAAGCAAGUUUCACCAAGCAAAGCUUUCGUCCAGGAUUUGACAUUUCUUUGCCAUUGUUUGGAAAAUCUCAUCCACAGAAAGGAGGACCCCGCGGUGAUCUCCAAACAAAUAACUUUCCAGUGAUAAGGAAGUUCUUACUGGCAUUUAAAGGGAAACGAUAUCUUAGCGGCAUAGGGUCUGACACAAGAAAUGCCCUAUACCAUCUUCACAAUGGCUACGACAUAAUUUUGUUAACAACAUGCAGACAUGGAAAAGACUGGCAGAAAAUUAAAGAUGUGAGAUGUGAUCGUGAUAAUGCCGAGUAUGAAAAGCAUGACUAUCAGAUUUUGCUGCACAAUUCUACUUUCUGUCUUGUGCCAAGAGGACGUCGCCUCGGGUCUUUUCGGUUCUUGGAAUCUUUACAGGCAGCUUGUAUUCCUGUCAUACUUAGCAAUGGAUGGGAGCUUCCAUUCUCUGAGGUCAUUGACUGGAAAAAGACAUCUAUAGAAGGAGAUGAGAGAUUAUUGUUACAGAUUCCCUCCAUACUGAGAUCAGUUAGUGAUGAGCAGAUCUUAUCUCUACGGCAGCAGACACAGUUCCUAUGGGAUGCUUACUUCUCUUCAGUUGAAAAGAUAGUAACGACAACACUUCAGAUAAUUCAAGAUAGAUUACAGAACCCAAGAUCAGCCUUCAUGUGGAAUCACCCUCCUGGUGCCCUCGCAGUAUUCACUGACUUUGCAGGAUCUCAUAGUGCAUUUCCAUUUUAUACAUCUGUACUUGGAGAAGAAGCCUGUGAGAAGUUUACAGCAGUUAUUUCUGUUUCUUCGCCGAUUCUGUCACAAUCAGCACCCGUUAUGAAGUUGAUUAAAAGUGUCUCCAAAUCUGCAUAUGCAGCACAAGUGAGUAGAUAUCACAUUCUGUAACUUCAAAUAACUUAUAGUUUACAUGCAACCAUGUUGAAUAGAUUGUAGUCCGAUUAUAAGUUCUGAAUAGCCCAAAUAGAUGUUUUGGCAUUAUGUAAGGCCUACAUGUACCAUAAGAAAAAGUUCCAUAUUUACUCACGAAGCAUUUAAACACUUUUUAAACUUUCUGGUGAGAAGGUGUAAUGGUCUAGUUUAUAGCUGCUGUCUUUUUUUAAUGACAGUACAUGUACGUUCUGUACGCCUACACAUCAUGAAUACAUGUGCAUGAAAUAUGCAACACAGGAAGUGAGGCCAAGAAGUCUAAAAAUCAUUAUAAGCGUGUAUGUCUCGCCAGUCCACAUUCACUAUUUAUUUGUAGGUCUUGGGGCCAUCCAUGAAGUA